AUGUCAGAGUUAUCAGGCCCCAUGUACCACAACAAUAUGUCUGACGCAGAAUUCUGUGCUUUGAACGCUAUCUUGCUGUUUGAUCCUAGGGCAGAUGGCUUGAGUGAACAUGGGAUUCAAGUAGUGGCUGAAGCGCGCAAACGCACCUACGAUCACUGGUUCAGUUUCUACAAUGUUUUGGGAGUUCAGGAUAUUGGUGAACGAGUAGGUAACACCAUGCUGCUUAUUCCAGCUCUGAAGAUGAUUGUUCAAACUACCCAGGAGAACUUCCGGCUCAUACAAGUCUUCGAUCUCUUCCACUACGACAAGAUCAUAGAUGAACUCAUGCACUUGGUUUCUUGA